AUGUAUAAUUUUGAAAAGCAGCGAAUAGAUAAAGGAAUAGACAAAGCCCUAAAAGUUAAUAACAAUUUGCAAAACCAAAAAGUUAAGAAAAAUCGUGAAGUUUUAAAACGACUCAUAGAUGUGACAAAUUUUUUUGCGAAACAAGAAUUACCCUUCCGAGGGAACAAUGAAAAAACUUCCUCUUUGAAUCAAGGAAAUUAUGUUGAAAAUUUAAAUCUUUUAAAACUCUACUAUCCAGUUUUAGCAGAACAUUUUGAAAAUUCCACAGUUUUUAAAGGCGCUUCAAAUGAUAUACAAAACGAACUAAUUAGUAUUAUUAGUGAAGAACUGAAAGAAACUAUUAAACCAGAAAUAGAAGAAGCAGAUUUUGUAGCUUUAAUGUUAGAUGAAGCGUCGGAUAUUAGAAAAAGGCCACAGCUCUCUACAGUUUUGAGAUAUGAUGUGAAGGGAGACAGCAGUGUUACAGAGAGGUUUGUUGGAUUUAUCGAUGUAAGUGCAGACCGCACAUCUAAUGGUUUACUCGAGCACGUUCAGAAAACCGUAAGUGAAUAUAAACUGGCUGAUAAAUUCGUUGCUCAGACGUACGAUGGUGCUGCUGUAAUGUCAGGCCAUUUGUCAGGUUUACACAAAAAUGUUACAGAUAUAUAUCCAAAAGCUCUAUUCUCGCACUGUUAUGCUCAUGUAUUAAACUUGGUUUUAUCUCAAGGCAUGAAUGAUAUUUUAGAAUGCAACACAUUCUUAAAUAAUUGCGAUGACCACUGA